CGCGCAUUGUAUAAUCUCGUCGGGGCAGAGAGUCUUUAUCGUCUGAGAGUAGAAAGGAACAAUCGCGUAGCGGUUUAUUUUUUAAAAUUCGUUUACAAUUUAGUAAUCCAGUGGCAUCAAAAUGGCUGAUAAGCUGGAUAUGUCUCUUGACGACAUUAUUAAGCAGAAUAGGCAGCAAAGAGGCGGAGGCCGCGGUGGAAGAGGUCGAGGCCGCGGAGGCUCUGGCGGCAGCGGCCGCGGUGGCGCCGGUCGAGGCGGUGGCAGUGGCGCAGGAUUUGGAGCCCGAGGCGGAGGCCUAAUGAGGAAUCGACAGAACCUGAACCGCGCAAGAGGCAGACCGACACCUUACAGCAGGCCUAAACAGCUUCCCGAUAAGUGGCAGCACGACAUGUUUGACAAUGGUUUUGGCGGCUUCAACGGCACUGGUGGCGGUGGAGGAGGUGGUGUGGAAACCGGAGGCAAGCUCCUUGUCUCCAAUCUCGACUUCGGGGUCUCGGAUGCAGAUAUUCAGGAGCUUUUUGCAGAAUUUGGAACACUGAAAAAGGCUGCAGUACAUUACGACAGAUCAGGAAGAAGCCUAGGAACUGCUGAUGUCCACUUUGAAAGAAGAGCAGAUGCCCUUAAGGCCAUGAAACAGUACAACGGCAUCCCCCUUGAUGGACGGCCAAUGAACAUUCAGCUCGUCACAUCACAGAUUGAUACACAGAGGCGACCUAUGCAGGGUCUGAACAGAGGUGGUGGUGGAGGCAUGAACAGAAGUCGUGGGGGUGGCUUUGUGAACAUGCAAAGAGGACGAGGUGGUCGUGGAACAGGUGGCGCAAGAGGGAGAGGUCGAGGUGGCCGUGGUGGUGGCAGUGGCAGCAAGCAGCAACUGUCGGCAGAAGAACUUGAUGCUCAGUUAGAUGCCUACAAUGCCAGAAUGGACACCAGCUAAAUGAAAGCCCUGUUGUUGUUGCCCUUCCCCUCUGCACAGAAGGGUUGCUUAUGAUGUGCAGAAUAUUUUACAAUUGUCUUGUGUGAUGAAAAUGGUUGUUCCAACUUUUAAAUGCUCCAUGUUUUUUACAUUUUUUUUUUUCAUCUAGAGAAUGGCUGUAGGUUCAUAUGAAUUGGGGUUUCCUUGUUCAUCCCAUUACUAUGUAGUUACUGAAACUUGUAAUAAAACCUGCAGUACAUACAA